AAAAAAAAAAAAAAACUAUUUCACUGUUCCGACAGUGCCUGUUUCUGAAGAUACACAAAGACAAUUGUCAAAACCUCCCAAAAUCAAGCAUUUUCCGCAUCCCUCCUCCUCUCGCUUAGAUCGCCAUGACUUUUCUGGAAGAACGAACGACGACAAGCCAUUCUAGGAGAGAGAAGCCCAGAGGACGCCACCAUGGUCUAACACAACAAAAAAGGCAAGAGAUAAGGGAAUGCUUUGAGCUCUUUGAUACUGACAACUCUGGCACCAUAGAUGCCAAAGAGUUGAAUGUUGCCAUGAGGGCUCUGGGUUUUGAAGCAACUGAAGAGGAAAUCAACCGAAUGAUUGCGGAAGUUGACAAGGAUGGCAGUGGAGCAAUUGAUUUCGAUGAGUUUGUGCAUAUGAUGACUAAUAAAUUUGGGGAGAGGAGCACUAAAGAAGAACUCACAAAAGCAUUCCAGAUCAUUGAUCAAGAUAAAAAUGGGAAAAUCUCCGCUGGAGACAUUAAGCGUAUUUCCAAGGAAUUGGGCGAGCAUUUUACUGAUGAAGAGAUUCAACUGAUGAUUGAGGGAGCUGAUCAAGAUCGUGAUGGAGAAGUUAGCUCAGAGGAAUUCAUGAGAAUGAUGAGGAGGACUGCCUUUGGGCGUUAGAGCUUGUAGUUUUUGUUCCUAAGCCCAAAAAUGUAAUUUCGUUCUUAGAUCUAUGUAAACUAGUUCUGAAAACUGGUUGUGAAGUCUGUGUGUGCAAAACUGCAAAUACUGGUUUUGUAAUAUACUAAAUCAUGUGCACUUUGGUUUCUUAAGCAUUACAUAUCUUAAUAGCAA